CCUUCACUGUGAAAGAAAACAAAUUAUUUUCCAUCAAAAAGAGAGAGAAAAAAGCUUGUGAAGAAUCUAUGCCAUGAAAGGAAGAGAAUUGAAGCUCAAAGAUUGAAACUUUGUUGCAAAGUUUUGUUCUUUUCACCUCUGGUGCUUGAAGAAGGCAAAAAACAGAGAGGUAAAAAGGUAAAGCUUUCUUCUUUGUAUUUGUUUGUUGAUUCUUGAGUUAGAUUGGGAUACUUCAUAUUUCUAUGUCAAUAUAGAAGAUAUUGAAUUUAUUUGAAAAAAACAGUGAGCAUAUGGUGUAAUAGUGAAUUGAAAAAUGCGUGGUCUUAAGCUAAUAGAGAGUUUCAAAGGCACUCAAGUUCAUGCCUUGAAUCCACCAGAUACCACUGUUGUUAACUCUACUGGUUCUUCUUCCACAUCCAGUAAGCUCGGUAACCAUAGGGUUAAAUUUAUAGGGUCAAAACUGAAAUCCAAUAAGGCCCGCUCUGGUUCAGGAGCUAAAACAUUGCUUCCUUUCGGACUCCCUAGGACUGACCUUCUUGAACCACCGAUAGAACCUCACUUGAAAUCCAUCCAGUUGGUAGAAACCUUAUCCAACCUAUAUCGCCGGUUCGAGACUUGUUCAGAGUCGGAGAAAUCGUUGGUAUGCAUCGAGCAGUACUCGGUUUUGAGUUGCCUUGGUGAUCCCAAGUUACUUAGGAGGUGCCUCCGUGCUGCGAGGCAACAUGCCUUUGAUUUGCCCUCCAAGGUAGUUUUGUCGGCUUGGUUAAGGUAUGAGAGGAGAGAAGAUGAGCUUGAUGGUGUAUCGCCGAUGGAUUGUAGUAGGUUCGUUCUUGAAUGUCCUAAGGCUGCCCUCGUAUCUGGGUACGAUCCAAAUUCUAUUUAUGACCACUGCAAGUGUUAUCAAGAGCGUAGUGAGUUCACACAAGUCUCUAAGGGGGAUGAGUUUUUGGCAUUGGAAGAAGAUAGUGAUAUCUGUUUUCGUGUUGGCAAUGAGGAUAUUAAUUGUAUUCGAUUUAAGAUUGCUGCGCUUUCAACCCCAUUUAAGGCUAUGCUAUACGGGAGUUUCACGGAGUCGAAAAGUUAUAGAAUUGAUUUUUCGCAAAAUGAUAUCUCUGUGGAGGGAAUGAGAGGUGUGGAUUUGUACAGUAGGACUAGGAGGGUGGACUCGUUGUCUCCCGAGAUUGUUCUGGAGCUAUUGUCUUUUGCAAAUAGGUUCUGUUGUGAGGAUAUGAAGUCUGCUUGUGAUAUUCACUUAGCUUCUUUGGUCAGUUGCAUAGAGGAUGCUUUGGAUCUUAUCGAAUACGGGUUAGAGGAAAGGGCGAAUGCUCUAAUAGCUUCUUGUUUGCAAGUGUUGCUAAGGGAGCUCCCAAGUUCUCUUUACAACCCCAAAGUGAUGAAAAUAUUUUGUAGCUUUGAGGCCAGGGAGAGAUUGGCUUCAGCCAGGCAUGCUUCUUUCCUCUUGUAUUAUUUCCUAAGCCAGGUGGCUAUGGGAGACAGUAUGGUGUCGAAUGCAACAGUGAUGUUGUUAGAAAGGCUGGGAGAAUGUGCCACGGAAAAGUGGCAGAAGGCUCUAGCUUUGCAUCAACUGGGUUGUGUGUUGCUGGAGAGGAAAGAGUACGUAAGUGCUCAAUGUUGCUUCGAAGCAGCUAGUGAGGCGGGUCAUGUUUAUUCAUUAGCUGGUAUGGCAAGAUGCAGGUACAAACAAGGGCAACAGUAUUCAGCCUAUCGGUUGACAAGCUCUCUUAUCUCUGAGUAUAAAGCUGUUGGGUGGAUGUAUCAGGAACGGUCUUUGUAUAACGUUGGGAAGGAUAAGAUUGCCGAUUUGGAAACUGCAACUGAGUUGGAUCCCACCUUGCCAUUCCCAUAUAAAUAUAGAGCAGUCUCAAAGGCCGAGGAGAAGCAAACCAGGGCUGCUAUUUCGGAGAUUGACAGAAUCAUCGGUUUCAAGCUUGUUCCGGACUGCCUGGAAUUGAGAGCCUGGUUCUUAAUGGCGAUUGAGGAUUAUGGAAGUGCUUUGAGAGAUAUUAGAGCAGUGUUAACUUUGGAUCCAAGUUACAAGAUGUUCAAUGAGCAAGUAAGAGGGGAUAUUUUGAUUGAGUUCCUUAACUAUAAGGUUCAGCUAGGAAGUCAAGCUGACUGCUGGAUGCAACUUUAUGAUCGAUGGUCUUCCGUAGAUGAUAUUGGUUCUCUAGCUGUCAUUCACCAGAUGCUGGUUAAUGAUCCCGGAAAUAGCCUCCUUAGGUUUCGGCAAUCUCUGUUACUUUUGAGGCUAAAUUGUCAGAAGGCUGCUAUGCGAUGUUUGCGGUUAGCCCGUAACCAUUCUAGUUCUGAGCACGAAAAGUUAGUUUACGAGGGAUGGAUUUUAUACGACAUUGGCCAUCGUGAAGAAGCUCUUGCUAGAGCUGAGAAGUCCAUUUCGAUUCAGAGGUCAUUCGAAGCCUUUUUCCUGAAAUCAUACACAUUAGCAGACUCCAGUUUGGAUCCCGAGUCUUCUUCUUAUGUAAUUCAGCUUCUGCAGGAAGCCCUUCGAUGCCCUUCAGACGGUCUUCGGAAAGGACAAGCACUCAACAAUUUAGGCACAAUCUAUGUGGAUUGUGGUAAACUGGAUCAAGCUGCAACCUGCUAUAUGAAUGCCCUUGAAAUCAAGCACACAAGAGCUCACCAAGGAUUAGCACGCGUAUACUUUUUAAGAAAUCAGCGGAAAGCUGCAUACAACGAGAUGUCCAAACUAAUAGAGAAGGCACAUAAUAAUGCCUCGGCAUAUGAAAAGCGAUCUGAAUAUUGCGAUCGUGAGACAGCAAAGAAUGAUCUCAACAUGGCAACGAAACUGGAUCCACUUAGAACUUAUCCAUACAGAUUCAGGGCUGCUGUGUUAAUGGAUGACCAAAAGGAAACCGAAGCAGUUGAAGAGCUUUCAAAAGCCAUAGCUUUCAAGCCUGACUUGCAAAUGCUUCAUCUUCGAGCGGCAUUUUACGAGUCGAUGGGUGAUAUGAAGUCAGCUCUCUGUGAUUGUGAAGCAGCACUCUGCUUGGAACCGAACCAUAUGGACACGCUCGAUCUGUAUAAUAGAGCACGAGACAGAGCCAUCAAUCCACAAGAAAUGUGAGAGGCAUCAUCGUCAUUACAUUUCUGAUAAACUUGCCGGAUGUAGCAGUCAGUUACAAGGAAAAAGAAUCAUGGAGUCUUUUCACAUCGAGCUGCUGACUGACCCUCACCGUGGAAAGGAAAGGACCCAGAGAGAGUUGCUUGUAAAUGCGAACAGGCCUUAUGGAAUCAGGUGUACCUUGCCACAUAAGAAAAGAUUUAGCCUUGUAGGUUAAAAGGGAUCACACUGUUGUGACUUUAUUCAUUCCUUACAAAAGGAAAACGUAUGCAAGUUCAGACCCGUUUAGGGGUUGACCAACUCUUCAUGGACAACACUUCGAAUAUUCAGUUUCGUGUUAGAUAGUAAAAUGAACCCUGAUUGUUACAUUUUAUUUGGAAAUAUGGGAAAAGAGCAGCUAUUUGUGGGAAUAUGACAAAUGCCAAGGACAGUAAAAUGGAACUUGUGCUUUUUCUUUUUCCAAAAAAAACGGUUGAAUUCUGAUUUUGGACCA